AUGAAUGUAUUUGUGUACCGGACAAUAAUGUUGAGAUUAUAUUUUGAGCGACAAUGUAACCUGCACCGAAUAGAUAGAGGAGAGUGGGUCGCAAUAUUGUCAGGCAAACUGUCAGGCAAAGCUUCUGAUGCUUUCCGGACCGUGCCAGAGCAGGAGAUCCAUAGCUACGCCAGGGUUAAAGAAGUGCUCCUGGCUCGUUAUGCAGUAACCCCAGAGUCCUACCGACAAAAGUUCAGGGACUCACGCAAAACCACGAAAGACUCUUACGUGGAAUGGGCAUGCCAGUUAUCCCUGUCGGCCUCUAACUGGGUCAACAGCAGCCAGGCCACCACCGCAGAGGACAUUUUGCAACUAAUGCUCCUGGAACAAUUUUACAAUCACAUCCAGACGGAUGUCAAAGACUGGGUGAGAGAUCGCAGGCCCAUGACUCUACCAGAGGCCGCUAAGUUGGCGGAUGAAUAUGCGGAUACUCGCAAGACGAACCUGGUCACACCACGGGUACAACCUCCACGACCAACGGUGCCCUCACACCCACCAGCCGCUAGAUACCAACCUCCUAACAGACCGGUGACAUCUAGCCCUCGCUAUCCACGCCAGGAGGACAAUGAACAACGCUGCUUCCGGUGCAAACAGCUGGGUCACUACAAGCAGAAUUGCCCCAUGGACAACAACACCAGGUCAAAUUGGUCUCGACCUGGGUACCGCCCACCAGCAGCAGCCCAUUGUGUAGACUCGGCUUGGGAUCCCCAGGAACUGGGUCAGGAAGAACCAUUGGGCACCCUUUACGAAGCCCUCAUGGUACAAUCUGUUAUUACGGACAACAGGAAACACCAUUGUCAGCUGGUCAUGGUUAACGGAAAAACCGCCCGGGGUUUAAGAGACAGUGGGGCAACCAUCACGUUGGUACAAAGACACCUUAUUAAGGAAUCAGAGAAACCGGGGAAAUCAAUUGCUGUGAGAGUGGCAGGGGGAGCAGUAUACCGUAUUCCUACUGCACAGGUACACCUAGACUGGGGUGCGGGAGCUGGCAAUGUUCAUGUGGGCGUCAUGAAAGACUUACCUUCUGAAGUCAUCCUGGGCAACGACAUUGGCCCCCUGACUUCGGUGUUCGCCUCUACCCCCGCUCAGGAGGCCCACGCAGUAACCACCAGAGCACAAAGUCGCGCUGCCGAGAGCCAUCCGCUUCCUACUGAGACCCAGGUAGUUCCCCGGAAAUACCGCCAGGAGUUAUUGAGGAUUGGGCACGACGUACCCUUGGCAGGCCAUUUGGGAAUACGCAAGACAGGGUAUCGGAUAACCCAGAACUUCUUCUGGCCUGGGGUGUCCGACGACGUCAGGGCGUAUUGUCAAACGUGCGAGGUAUGCCAACAUAUAGGUAAAAAGGGAGACCACCCAAAGGCUAAACUAGUUUCCAUGCCCAUUAUUGAAGAACCGUUCACAAGGGUAGCCAUGGACAUUAUAGGGCCCCUGGCCCAACCUAGCCGUUCCGGCAAGCGGUAUAUACUCACCAUAGUAGACUACGCCACCCGUUACCCCGAAGCGGUAGCUCUCUCUAACAUACAGGCUGAGACCGUAGCAGAGGCCCUAGUUAAAGUAUUUUCCCGAGUAGGCUUUCCCAAGGAGGUUCUGUCCGACCAAGGUACCCAAUUCACGGCCGAGGUAACCCAGCAGAUAUGGAAAACCUGUGGAGUUAAAUCCCUGACUAGCUCCCCAUACCAUCCCCAGACUAACGGCCUGUGCGAGCGCUUCAACGGAACGCUAAAGCAAAUGUUGAAGUCGUUCACGGGGGCAUACAAGGAUUGGGAGCGAUUCCUGCCACACCUUCUCUUUGCCUACCGAGAGGUGCCGCAGGAAUCGACCGGAUUCUCACCCUUCGAACUUCUCUAUGGGAGGCGGGUGAGGGGGCCCUUAGAUCUCAUCUUACUAGAAACAAAACAGGCCACAUUCUCUCAGGAGCCUGGAUACACACUCCUAGCCAUACACAAGGUAGAGACUCCAGGACAGGCACCCCUGAGACAGCCUCCCUACCGUAUCCCCGAAGCAGUCCGGGAAGGGAUGCGGAAGGAGAUAGAUGAGAUGCUUCGGCUAGGCAUAAUCGAACCCUCAGAAAGUCCUUGGGCCUCGCCGGUAGUCUUAGUGCCAAAGAAGGAUGGGACAACCCGCUUCUGUGUAGAUUACCGGCGCCUCAAUGACAAGACAGUUACGGACGCCUAUCCGAUGCCACGGAUGGACGAGCUGCUUGACCGUAUCUCUGCAGGGAAGUAUCUGACCACAAUAGACCUAUGCAAGGGAUAUUGGCAGAUUCCCCUAGCAGAAGAUGCCAUACCCAAGUCGGCCUUCAUCACCCCGUUCGGCCUAUACCAAUUCCGGGUUAUGCCGUUCGGGAUGAAGAACGCCCCGGCCACCUUCCAACGGAUGGUGGAUCAGUUACUUAGGGGUCUCCAGAGCUUUGCAGGCGCUUACCUGGAUGACAUCGCCAUCCACAGCGAUACCUGGGAAGCGCACCUAGAGCACGUAGGGGUAGUAUUAGAUAGGAUCAGGGGGGCCGGGCUGACCCUGAAACCCGACAAAUGUCACUUGGGUAUGGGCGAGGUACAAUAUUUGGGCCACCGAGUAGGAUGUGGUAAGCAACGGCCGGAGCCGGCUAAGAUCGAGGCCGUUGCCAAUUGGCCCACUCCCCACACCAAGACACAAGUCAUGGCUUUCUUAGGCACAGCCGGCUAUUACAGACGCUUUGUACCCGACUAUAGUGCCCUGGCCAAACCCCUGACCGACUUGACCAAAAAGAAGCUACCCCGACAAGUCCUGUGGUCCCCGGAAUGCGAGGUGGCUUUCCAAGCACUAAAGACUGCUCUGGUUAAUGCUCCGGUGUUGGUUACCCCAGAUCCUAACAAAAGAUUUAUUGUCCAUACAGACGCUUCAAUGUUUGGACUGGGGGCAGUACUAAGCCAGAUCGGGGAGGAUGGAGGAGAGCACCCGGUGGCAUACCUGAGUCGGAAGCUGUUGCCAAGGGAGGUCAGUUAUGCCACCAUUGAAAAAGAGUGUUUGGCCUUGGUAUGGGCACUCAAAAAGCUCACACCUUACCUUUAUGGCCGGGCGUUCACUCUCAUCACCGAUCACAACCCCUUGGUGUGGCUUAACCGGGUUUCAGGGGACAACGCCCGUUUGCUACGCUGGAGCUUGGCCUUACAGCCC